UCGUCCACUGCUGCCGCCUCCUUCUUCCACCGCUUCUGGUGCUGCUUGUGUGCGUGUUCUGUGCGGACCUGGUACCUCUUUUGUGAAGCAGCAACUGAGGAGACUCCGGCGCUCGCCAUGGCCGACGAAAAGCCUAAGGAAGGAGUUAAGACGGAAAACAAUGAUCGUAUUAAUUUGAAAGUGGCGGGGCAGGAUGGUUCUGUCGUGCAAUUUAAAAUUAAAGGGCAUACACCACUUAGUAAACUAAUAAAAGCCUAUUGUGAACGACAGGGUUUGUCAAUGAGGCAGAUCAGAUUCCAAUUUGAUGGACAGCCAAUCAACGAAUCAGAUACACCUGCACAGUUGGAAAUGGAGGAUGAAGAUACAAUUGAUGUGUUCCAGCAGCAGACAGGAGGAGUCUACUAAGGGAAACUGCUGCUUUCCUCCACAGCUCUUCUCACAGACCAAGAAUACAUUCUCAAUUAGAAACAGCAGUUGGGUUCCAUCACACCCUGACUACUACAGUAUAGUUUCUCUAUUCUUUCAUUGUCCCCUCCCCCCAUUCCUUUAUUGCACAUAAAGUACCUGGUGUAUGUGCACAAGCAUA